CGGGGUCGCUGGUGCUGCUCGUGGGUUGAGAACCUAUGCGGGACAUGGGCCUGGAAGAUGAGUGCAAGAUGUUGAUGGGCUCCAGAGACCCACAAGAGGAGGAAGAAGAGGAGGAAUUGGUGGAUCCCUUAACAAAUUUGAGAGAGCAAUGUGAGCAAUUGGAGAAAUGUGUAAAGGCUCGGGAACACUUAGAGCUAUGUGAUCAGCGUGUAUCAUCCAAGUCACAUACAGAGGAGGAUUGCACCGAGGAGCUCUUUGACUUCUUGCAUGUAUGAUGUCAUUGCGUCGCUCACCAACUCUUCAGCAGCUUGAAGUAAAUAUACAGAAGACUUAUUUACACUAGUCUUCAUCACUUGGGUAUUAGGAUAUUUCCUUAUGGUUUUGAACAUGCUAUUUGUUUCUUACUUGAAUAAGUAUAUGUGAACCUCAUGGAUUUGGGGAUAAGCAAGUAACUUCUGUG